UCUUGCAGCGUGAAUGUAUCUCCAUCCAUGUUGGCCAGGCUGGUGUCCAGAUGGGCAAUGCCUGCUGGGAGCUGUACUGUUUGGAGCAUGGGAUCCAGCCCGAUGGUCACCGACCUGAUGCGAAAAAUGCAAGUGAGGUUGAUGACUCCUUUGACACCUUCUUCUGUGAGACACUAACCGGGAAACACGUGCCCAGGGCAAUCUUUCUGGACCUGGAGCCAACUGUGAUCGAUGAGGUGCGCACUGGUCCCUAUCGUCAACUGUUCCACCCUGAGCAGCUCAUCACCGGGAAGGAAGAUGCUGCCAAUAACUACGCCCGUGGACACUACACCAUUGGCAAGGAGCUGAUUGACCCUGUCUUGGCUAGAGUUCACAAGUUGGCUGACCAAUGCACAGGUCUUCAAGGUUUCCUGGUCUUCCAUAGCUUCGGUGGAGGCACUGGCUCAGGAUUCACCUCUCUGCUGAUGGAACAUCUCUCAGUCGACUAUGGCAAGAAGUCCAAGCUGGAGUUUUCCAUCUAUCCAGCUCCCAGGAUCUCCACAGCUGUGGUGGAACCUUACAACUCCAUCCUGACCACUCACACCACACUGGAACACACUGAUUGUUCCUUCAUGGUGGACAAUGAAGCCAUCUAUGACAUCUGCCACAAACACUUGGACAUCGAGCGUCCAGGCUAUAUCAACCUGAACCGUCUGAUCGGGCAAAUUGUGUCAUCAAUCACAGCUUCUCUCCGUUUUGACGGAGCUCUCAAUGUUGACUUGACAGAAUUCCAAACUAACUUGGUGCCUUAUCCACGUAUCCAUUUCCCUCUGGCUACCUAUGCCCCA